GAUGCUGGAGCGUAAGUAUGGAGGCCGUUUCAUAACGCGUCAUGCGGCCCGCACCAUCCAGACAGCCUUCCGCCAGUAUCAGAUGAACAAGAACUUUAAACGUCUCCGCAGUUCCAUGUCCGAGAACCGCAUGUCCCGACGUAUCGUCCUGUCCAGCAUGAGGAUGCAGUUCUCCUUGGAAGGCCCUGAGAAUGUUCAUCAGUCGUCCUUCCUCACCGACAACGGAACCAAACACCUGGGGGCCCUGGUCCAAUCAGAAUGCAGCUCUGACCCGGGGGGUGUGGUCCCAGGUACUAUGAAGUCAUCUGUGGUGGCCCAGAACGAUGACUUCACUGACGCUAUAACAGAGCUGGAGGACGCGUUCUCCCGUCAGGUCAAGUCUCUGGCCGAGUCGAUAGACGAUGCUCUGCAUAGUAGGAGUCUGCACAGGGAGGAGGGGGGGCCAGGAGAGACGAGGCAAGGAGGGAGAGGACACCCUGACCUGGACAAAGACCGAGACAGAGAGCUGUUCUCCUACCAGGUCAAACCCUCCUCACACAGCAGUGCGGAACACCACAAACUGGAUGAGAUGACAGCAUCAUACAGCGAUGUGACUCUCUACAUCGAUGAGGAAGAGCUGUCCCCUCCUCUUCCUCUGUCUCAGUCCCUGGACCAUUCCUACUCUCCUCUCCCUCUGUCUCAGUCCCUAGAGCGCCCCUACACCCCCCUACCAUCGGUAGACCGGCCCUCCUCCAAAGAGUCGGAGCUGCGUUUGCGUUCUCUCUCCUGGUCGCUGGUCCAUAAGGAUGAUAAAGGUCAGGGGUCAGACACCUCCUGCCGCAGCACACCCUCCCUGAAGCAGCAGGAGCAGAGGCUUAGGGUGAACCGCCUCCCGCUGCUGACCAUCGAGCCGCCCAGCGACAGCUCUGUGGAGCUCAGUGACCGUUCCGACCGCUCCAUUCCGAAGAGACAGAAAGCCUACGCUCGCCAGCCCAUUAGUCAGCCAGCCAGCCCCAAACAUCCCCCUCCUCACCCCUCCUCCUUGUCUCACCCCCGUGGCCUGCCCCCCAAGGGAACCUCCUGGGAUGAGGAUGCUCCCCGCUACCGGCCACGCGCACUAGAGGCCCACCUGGCGAUCGACGGGAUGGCUAACCGGCAGAGCAAGUCAGAGUCGGACUUCUCAGAUGGGGACAAUGACAGUAUCAACUCUACAUCUAACAGUAAUGACACUAUUAACUGCAGCUCUGAGUCCUCCAGUAGAGAACAGACCCUCAGAAAACAGACCUAUCACAAAGAGACACGCAGCAGCUGGGACUCACCGGCCUUCAGUAAUGAUAUCAUCAGGAAGAGACACUAUCGUAUCGGACUAAACCUGUUUAACAAGAAGCCAGAGAAGGGUUGUCAGUACCUGACGGAUCGAGGGUUUGUCCCAGACACUCCAGAGGGAGUGGCUCACUUCCUGCUCCAGAGGAAGGGCCUGAGCAGGCAGAUGAUUGGAGAGUUCUUGGGGAACAGGCAGAAACAAUUCAAUAGAGACGUCCUGGAUUGUGUGGUGGAUGAGAUGGAUUUCUCGGCCUUGGAACUAGAUGAGGCUCUCAGGAAGUUCCAAGCUCACAUCAGAGUCCAGGGAGAGGCCCAAAAGGUGGAAAGACUCAUAGAAGCAUACAGUCAGAGGUACUGUAUCUGUAACCCCGGGGUGGUACGACAGUUCCGUAACCCCGACACCAUCUUCAUCCUGGCAUUCGCCAUCAUCCUCCUCAACACUGACAUGUACUCUCCCAACGUCAAGCCAGAGAGGAAGAUGAAGCUGGAGGACUUUGUCAAGAACCUCAGAGGUGUGGAUGAUGGUGGGGACAUCCCACGGGAGAUGCUGACAGGUAUAUAUGAGAGGAUCAGGAAGAGGGAACUGAAGACCAACGAAGAUCACGUCUCUCAGGUCCAGAAGGUCGAGAAACUCAUUGUUGGGAAGAAACCGAUUGGUUCUCUGCACCAUGGUCUAGGCUGUGUUCUGUCCCUGCCACACCGCAGGCUGGUGUGUUACUGCAGGUUGUUUGAGGUUCCAGACCCCAACAAGCCUCAGAAACUGGGUCUGCACCAGAGAGAGAUCUUCCUCUUCAAUGACCUGGUGGUGGUGACAAAGAUCUUCCAGAAGAAGAAGAAUUGUGUGACAUACAGCUUCAGACAGUCCUUCUCCCUUCAUGGGAUGCAGGUGCUGCUGUUUGAGAACCAGUACUAUCCUAACGGUGUGCGGUUAACAUCGGCGGUUCCCCGAGCGGAUGUCAAGCUUUUAAUCAACUUCAACGCUCCCAACCCUCAAGACAGGAAGAAGUUCACUGACGACCUGAGAGAAUCCAUUGCCGAGGUCCAGGAGAUGGAGAAAUACCGCAUAGAGUCGGAGCUAGAGAAGCAGAAGGGCGUGGUCCUUCCCAGUCUAUCACAGAGCUCGGGGCUGAAGAAGGACUCUUCAGCCAACGGCCAAUUGGGUCGAGGGAGCCUUGAUGACAACUACGCCAUGGGGGAGGGGCUAAAGAGGAGUGCCCUCAGCAGCUCGCUACGAGACCUCUCAGAUGCAGGUAAGCGUGAGCGCCGCAGCAGUGCAGGAUCACUAGACAGCAAUACUGAAGGCUCCAUCAUUAGCCACCCCAGUCCCCACAUGAGACGCAGAGCCACGUCUUCCCGAGACAGAGACAGUCCUUCCAGAGGACAUUCCGUCCCCACCACCUCCUCUUCCCUCCUGGGCUCUUUGUUCGGGUCCAAGAGGGCCAAGUCCCCCUCCCUGUCCCCCCAGCACCCCACCAACCUGCACCAGACGGCCCAGAGCCAGGCAGAUACACAGAACCAGUUGCUUCAAGGAGCCCAGUACUGCCAGAACCCUCCACCCUACCACCACCACCACCACUACCACCCCCCUGCCCCUGGGUCUGCCCCCUCCUCAUCUCAUCCACCUCCCCCUCCUCACCACCACCCACUGCCCCCCACCCCCACUGCCUCCUCCACCAAGCCCAAACACAGUGGCAUCAGCACCGUGGUUUGAGGACAGAAACUCACACAGACACACACACACACACACACACACACACACACACACACACACACACACACAUACACAUACACAUACACAUACACAUACACAUACACAUACACACACACAGACACACACACACACCUGGUUAGAGCUCCUGUCCCCUACAGGACCUACAAGAGACAAUGGGGACAAAUGUCUCCGACUGCUGACCAGGACCGGGACAUGGUUGCUUGGACUGACAUUAUGGAUAUCUAGACUGAAUUCUCACCUCAUCCAGAGACCCUCCAAGGGAGAGGGAGAAGAGGAGGUUCCAUGGCCCAGCUCUGGUGUCCUCCAGUUGACUGGGUCUGUCAGCAGUACCUCCCAACUAUCCAUACAACUCAUCGCCACCUUAAGACUGUAGAAACUACAUGUUCCUCUAGACCGGGAAUGGGCAACUCGAGGCCCACGGGACGCAUGAGCAUUUAAAAAUAUAUAGGUUUUUUUUGGGGGGGGGGGGCAGUUGGUGUCUCGACUUAUUGUUAAGAGUUAGACUAAUAGAAUACACAAUGGCAAAAUGUGCAGAAUUGGAGGAAAUUAACUUAAAACUAGACUGAUCCUUUAGUACAGCUGAUUUAACUAAAGACUGGUUCCUCUAGACUGAUCCGUUAGUACAGCUGAUUUAACUAAAGACUGGUUCCUCUAGACUGAUCCGUUAGUACAGCUGAUUUAACUAAAGACUGGUUCCUCUAGACUGAUCCGUUAGUACAGCUGAUUUAACUAAAGACUGGUUCCUCUAGACUGAUCCGUUAGUACAGCUGAUUUAACUAAAGACUGGUUCCUCUAGACUGAUCCGUUAGUACAGCUGAUUGAAAAAUGAUAUCUACAUUAUGUCUUUCUUCUCCUUACCAAGCAACACAAAGCAAGUCAACACCAUGGCUAUUUAAAAUAUACAUCUAUCUAAAUCUUUAUCUAUUUUCUGUUUUAUAUCAAUCAAGGAAUUACUGGGAAUCUAUAUCACAUAUGUUAUUAAGUUAUUACUUGCCUACUAGUGUUGACAGGAGCAGAAAGUGUUUCUCAAUAGUAGCAACCUGACUUUAGAAUGUGUAGACCAACAUGACAGCCCGUUUUAUAGACAAAGCUAGCAGCUGUUCCAGUGUUAUAAUGCAGCCUAGCCAUAGGUGUCAUUUCACUGUGAUAUUGAUUCAUUCAUUCACUCAUUGCCUCUGUACAAUAACAGACAUAAAUAACUGUGCCAAUUAUUCAAGCAUUGACUAAUUUAGUCACUUUGCUUUGUGUAUAUCAUGCAUAUGAAUGUAUUUUGUAUAAAU